CAAAGAAAAACAUUACACAUACAAUAUAACUUCCAAUCUAUUAAUUCAACAAUUCAUGGAGAACUUCCACUACUCAAGAAGAUUACUCCGGGAGGCGGCCACCAUGGCGCCGCCUCCAACAGCCGGAAUCAGCCACGAUACAACUGAUCAUCCACCACUUGGUCACAAAGUCAACACAUUUGAUGAAAAUGUUAUUAUGGUCUUGGCCAUACUUGUAUCUGCCUUGAUUUGUUCAUUUGUCUUGAAUUUCAUCAUAAAAUGUGCAUGUUGGUGCUCUACCCGAAUAUUGGUUGACUCAUCCUUAUUAAACCAUACAAAUAAUAACCCUUCUUCAACAAAAUUAGCCAAUAGAGGUAUCAAGAAAAAAGCUCUAGAGACAUUUCCAGUUAUAACAUACACAACUGAAUUGAAAUAUCCAGGACUCAACUCUGAAUGUGUCAUUUGCCUAUCAGAAUUUGGAAUUGGAGAGAAAAUCAAGGUUCUACCUAAGUGCAAUCAUGGAUUUCACGUCAACUGUAUCGAUAAAUGGCUCAAUUCUCACUCUUCUUGCCCUACUUGUAGGCACUGCCUCAUUGAAACAUGUCAAAAAAUUAUUCCAAUUUCAUCAGCUCCAAUACAAGAAGUUAUAAUAAGGAUGGAACCUAUCCAACGUGAAGAUGCUAUAUCUAACAAUUAGCAUUAGGUAGAAAAAAAAAUAGUCACACACUUAAUUAGAUGAGAAGCUUAAUUAGCUUUUAAUUUAGUUCUUUCUUUUUUAAUGUUGAAAAAGUUU